AUGUACGUCCCGUCCAGAAUAAACUUUACACCCCCACAGCCGAUGGCUGUGGCUCGCUAGGUCUACGCAUCAACACCGAAUACUUGCCCGCGGUAGAAAUGGAGAACUGCUGUAAUGAGCACGAUAUUUGCUAUGACACAUGUAACAGCAACAAGGAGCUAUGUGAUUUGGAUUUCAAGCGCUGUCUUUACAAGUAUUGCGACACCAUUGAUAAAUCCGUUGGCAGUGAAUAUCUCAUAACCAGCUGUAAAGCUGCUGCCAAAGUGCUAUUCACUGGUACCUUAACGCUAGGUUGUAAAUCAUAUUUGGAUUCGCAAAAGCGUACAUGUUACUGCGCGCCGCCGAAGCAAUCGAAAGAGGAUGGGCGUGGCUACAACGGAUAUAAGAACGGAAAUGGUGAUAAGUAUUAUAAGCAGGGCAAGAAGCAGAAAUAUGGCUGGAAGGAUCCAAACGAUAUGUAGUGCUGCCGCUGAGUUAAAGCUACUGGUGCUUCCGCUUAAGUAGCUGUAUUAUGCGUUUUCUUUAGCAACUUUUUUUCUUCAUGUUAUUGUUCAACGCACACAACAUAAAUUAAUUAAAACACAUUUGCAAUAGUAUUUUGAACAUACUGCUAAGAUGAGAGAGAGAUGUACAUAGUCAAAUGUAUUUUUUAGCACUUGAAAACUUUCGAGUGAAUUUAUUUACAUAUUUGUUUAUUUACUAUUAGAACCAACGAACUUGUCCAAGGGAAGAUAUGUAUUUUAGAUUUUAUUACAGAAUAAAACUAAUUCGUAAUUACAUACUAUAUAAUAUUCUAACUUACAUUUGUAAUUAUUUAGUUAUUUAAGCUACUUCUUUCCAAUGGCGAUUUUGCAGCAGUAUAAUAGGACAACUGGUGCACUUUUACUCGGUACUCAAUAUUUGGCUUCUGACUGUCCACCAUCACUUCCAGCAACCAUUUGUGACCUACAAGAGAGAAUGCACAAGCUUAUCAGAAGCGAUAAGUAACACGUUGUCGGCGCAGGCAAUAACCCGACAGCAUCCACCAGGACGUCGUUGAGGACCAUGAUCCAGAGAGAAGGGUCGAAAGACAAGUAAAAAAACCAGUAGAACUUUCAAAGACGCCUUACUCUUCUUCGGUGGCAAAUAUUGUAGACGAGGGCACGAAAAGGGGUAUAAGGGUAUAAUUUAAUUAAGAUUACUGAGUUCUAGUUACACUGUUGACUAGAUAGAUGUCUUCUGAAUGAAUACAAAUGUUAUGAAACAUUGGAGUCAAAGAGUUAAAGAAUCAACUGUAUAAUUUACCGCUUUUGUUUUUAUUUGAACAUUAUGGUAGAUAAUAUGUAUGUACUAAGCCCUAGUAUUGGUGGCUAUAACAGAAUUCAUCGUAGUCCGAUUUUUCGUGAAAUCGACGAAAAUGCGAUCACUGAAGCCGAAUCGCUACGAUCGUGUGUAUUCAAAGUAUACGCUACGUUCGUAGCUAUU